AUGAAUCCCUCUCCACAUUUCAAUUCACUUGGGGCUGAUUCCAAUCUCUCUCGCACUAAUACUCCUGCAAGUUUUGUCUCUGCAAUUAGUAGUGACCACAAUGGUGCAGCGAGUCAGAUACAAUAUGACCAUCCUGCACCAUUUCACUUCGGAGACUUCGAACACUUCAGCCCAGCAGAAGCUUACAGCAGGAAUGAUAAUUCAAACUUCCUUGAGGAGUUUCCACCUUCUCGCACACAUGAUCCUUUCCUCUACUCUGCUGGACCCCCUCGUCCCAUUCAAUUUCCUUCAAAACCUCUGGUCCCUUCGAAUGAAGCUGUCUCUGAUGAAGAGCUCGGGCAACCACUCCUUUCAGCAGCUCCCACCAAAGCUCUGAAGCGGCCGUCUGUUUCAACUAUGCAGCCUCCAAAAGCCCGUCCAAAGAAGAAAAUUAAAGCUGGCAGUGGCAAGGGCAAAGCCAAGCCUGAUGGCAUGCUGUCAGUUGGUGAAGUCCCCAAAAAAGAUCGAAAAGCUGUGUAUUCCACUUGGUGGAAGGGCAUGGGACACUGUACUAUUGCACUGGACAACUCUGAGUGGGACAAAGGAGAUGUUGGGAGUGACACUGGGGGCAAGGAUAUCUUAGAUUUGUCCAGUGGGUCUGAUGAAGAAGUGCGAGGUGUGAAGGUGAAGCAUGAAGGUCCAAAGAAAGCAGUCAUGAAGGCAUUCCGUGCAAACCCUCUGCUUGAACCUGGUGUUCGUUGUCCACGUACCACUGCUGCAUCUGAGGCAUUGUCUUCUCUCACAUCUGUCUUUAAUCCAGCUGUCAUCAAGGAACGUGAAGAAACCCAGCUCUCGUCAUUGGUCCAGUUUAAUCAGAUUAGCUCACUGCAGACUGAGCUUUGUGAAGCAAGGCAAUGA